AUGAAUACUUCAAUGCGCAAAAUAUUUUAUUAUGAGAAUAUAUUAGAAUUUAAGAAGUCUUCACAACAUAAAUUAAAUUUACAAGAAGUCAAUAAUUGGCAGCUGUGCCGCACUUGCCUGUUGGAAACCAACGAGGAUGACAUGGACAUGGAGAAGAUGUGUGUUAUGGAAGUGGUACAUGGCGAUUUUUUGACGGUUCAACAAAUGCUAUUGAAAAUAAGCCCAUCACAGGUCCCCAAGGAUAAUGAAUUGCCCACAAAAGUAUGCAAGGAUUGCUUGGGCAAAAUAUCAAAUUUAUACUUCUUUUCCAUGCAAAUAGAAAAGGCACAAUAUAUUCUUACCAAAUUGUUUAAUAAUUUAAAAGAAGAUGAACGUAGAGCAACUGCAAGGGGUUUUGUAGAAUUGGCGCAAAAAGAAAUUCGUACAAGUACUACCGUAGUAAAUGAAAAUGUACAACAAGUUGAAUCCGAUGACAAUUUUAAUAACGGAAGCCACUUCAACGUGUCUUGUUCAAAUUCUGAUGAGGUCACCAUUACUGAAGAAGUGAUGGAGUCAGAUACCGAGAUUCUCUGGGAGGUUGAAUCAAUAAGGUCAAAUGGAAAUCAAAUCGAUACAGCUGAAAUGCCAUCUUCAGAAAAUGAGCAACAUGUCUUCGACACCAAGAAUAUAAAUAAAGAUAAAGCUGAAAUUAAAAAAGAUUCAAAGAUUAUAGACAAUGAGUUGAAUAUAAUAGAAAAUCUGAUAAAUAACUGUAAUGUUAUUGAUAAUAAAGAGAAAGAUUUGGAUGAAGAAUUGAACGUUCACAACAAUAACUCCAUAGUAGUAUACGAGAUGGCAUCUAGUCAAAGUGAUAGCAUUAUCGACAAGAAUAAUGAAGAAUAUGUAGUUAUGUAUGCUACGCAGGACGACAAAACCAAGAAGAGAAAACCUAAGCAAAUUAGUGUCAAGCAUAAACAGUCAAGAGUUAUUAAACCUCUACUGGAGAACCUUAAAUGUGGCGUCUGUGAAUUGACCUUUGGCCGCCAACGUGAUCUAGUUCGUCAUGUCUCACAAGAACAUCCGAACAGCAAAGCGUACCAAUGCCGUGAAUGUCUUCUAAAUUUUUCCCAUACACAAUCUCUAUCGCGUCACAUGAAUCUCCAUAAACCAAUGGUUAAUAAAAUCAAUUGUGAAUAUUGCUCCAAAUCUUUUUUGCGAUCUGAUGACUUAAAACGUCACAUUCGAGUACAUUCUGGAGAGAGACCCUACGCAUGUUCAAGGUGUGAAAAAGCCUUUAAGCAAAUAAGUGAAUUGAAACAACACAUGGCAGUACACAAAGAUGGUAAACAAUAUGUGUGUGAACAUUGCGACCGGGCUUUUGCCUCACGGAAUGGCCUUUAUUUGCACAAAAAGAAACACAUUGCAGAAAAUAGUCAAGCGGAUGAAUAA